AUGGAGAUAGCUGCUAAAAGUAUUGAUGACCUUACCUCUCGUCUUGCUUAUGACAAAGAGGGGGAGAAAGACUUUGCUGCUGCUGUUGUCCCUACAACACCAGCUGACGUUAAUGCUCAAGUUGAAAGAGCUGAAGCAAAUGAAGCUGCUGCUAAAGUUGUAGAUGCCAUCACUUCCCAUGAAGCUGAAGCUGAGGAAAUUGAUGAUGCCAUCAGAGCUGAUGCUCAUGAUGAAGACCUUUCUAUCACCUCUGCAGCGGAUGCUGGUGAUAAGGAAAAUGAAGAUGAUGAUGACGAUGAAGCUGAUGAUCCUCUUUUCUUUCCUGAUGCUGGAAAAGAUCUUGGUGAUGAUGAUGAUGAUGAUGAUGAUGAUGAAGACGAAUUCACUAUUCAAUACCACACUAAACCAGCUACCACUUUGAAAGAUGAAUGGGUAUCUGAAAACCCAACUUUUGGUGUUCCUAAUGACCAACAGAUUACUCAACUUAAGGAGUCACUCGACCAAACUGGAGUAAAAAUGUCUCUUCGUACCUCAAGUUGUGGUGAGUUCGACUUCCUUACAGAAGCUAAAAGACUCGAAGUAGUCAAGGCUGAGGAAGAACUCCAAAUUCAACGAAAAUAG